AUGGGAAGUGCUUAUGAUGUUGAGAUCCGUCAGGACUUGCUGCAGUUGAUGAGCUGUGGCCAGAGGAACAUCCUCCAAUUCCAUGGCAUUUGCUUCAACGAAAACCAUGGGCUCUGCAUAGUGACGAGGAUGAUGGAAGGGGGAUCUGUUCAUGAUAUUAUUAUGCAGAGAAACAAAAGACUGUCGCUCCGAGAUACAGUUAGGAUUGCCCUUGAUGUUGCUGAUGGGCUAGCCUUCAUGAACAGCUAUGGCAUUGCGUACCGUGAUCUUAAUUCUCGGAAAAUCCUGCUAGACAGGCAAGGGAACGCUUGCCUUGGGGAUAUGGGCAUUAUUACCCCUUGUAAUAAUGUCGGUGAGGUCACGGAGUAUGAGACAUCUGGAUAUCGAUGGCUAGCUCCAGAGAUCAUUGCUGGAGAUCCUGAAACAGUCUCUGAGACCUGGAUGAGCAACGUCUACAGCUACGGAAUGGUGCUGUGGGAGAUGAUCACCGGAGAGGAGGCAUACUCCACCUACUCGCCAGUGCAAGCAGCGGUUGGAAUCGCCGCCUGCGGGCUGAGGCCUGAGAUCCCAAGAGACUGUCCUCCUUUCCUGAGGUCACUGAUGAACAGGUGCUGGGACAAUAACCCUCUGAGGCGCCCUCAGUUCUCUGAGAUCAUAUCCAUCCUACAGAGGCAGAAUGCUAGAUAG